UCUCCGAGGGGGGAGGGAGUCCUAAAACUUUCCUCUCCUUUCUUGUUAGUACCAUGAGAAAGCCUUCCUACUUCCAAAGUGAAAGUGCAAGAAGUAGAGUGGUUUUUUAAUAGCUGAUAGCAAAGAGUGGGAGGAAUUCAGGCUUGCUCAUUUUAAUUGGAAGCAGCCGUUAUUCUUUUUCUUUUCCUUUUUUCUUUUUAGCUCUUUUUAAGCCCCACAAGUUCUCCAAAUAUAUAUGUAGAAAGGAAGUCUACAGAUUGAUAAGUUCAUAAGCUAAUUAGCCGUUUAUAACUGAGCUGACUAAGCCUCUGGGGAAAAAAGCUCACACUUCUUCGGCGACCGGAACCGGAAACCCAGUGGGUGUGUUUAUGAGUUACGCUGUACUCAGGGGAGUCAUUCAGCCAUACAAAGAAGAAGACGAAGGAGACGAAGACGGAGACGGAGACGAAGACGGAGACGAAGAUGGAGACGGAGACAAAGACGGAGACGAAGACGGAGAAGACGAAGAAGACGAAGACGGAGAAGACGAAGAUGGAGAAGACGAAGACGGAGAAGACGGAGAAGACGAAGACGAAGACGAAGACGAAGAAGUAUACACCAGAAUGCCCAAAGUCAUGGAUGGCUAAUUUAGAGUUCUCAGAUUAUUAUUUAUAUUUCUUAAAUAUUAUGAUUCAUUUGGAGCAUGCCAUAGCAUCCACCUUCACUCUGUCUAAUGGUGAACAAUGUACGCCAGCAGCAGGGAAUCUUUUUUUAGCCAGAAGGCUGCAUUCUUUUCUGGGUAAUUCUCGGGAUGGGGGGGUACACGCCAGUGGAGGGAUGAGCCAGAAGCAAAAAUGGGCAGGCAAAGAAUUUUGUCUUUAAAUGUAAACUACCUUUUGACUAGUUUCUGCACACACUCACACACCUCUCCCUAUCCUCUAUCGAGGCGAACAAAAAGUAUUAUUAGACUUCAAGGCAAAAACUCUCAAGAAGGGGGUGAAGCAAAGUUGGUAAAGGGUAUGACCUGGAGAAAGAGGGUGUGGCUGGGGAGGGGUGUGACCUGGGGAAUGUCCCAAGGGCCAGAUAGACAGCACUGGAGAGCCACAUUUGGCCCUUAGGCCUGAGAUUCCUCAACCUUGGAAUAAGCAAAAGAAAAAUCUGGGUGGGCAAGGCAGAUCCAGAUUCAGGACUGUAAGCUCUUAUAUUUCUACAAUUCAGUUAGAAUGAAUUCAACAGAAAAAUGGCCUCCCUCCCAAGAAGGUAAUCUAAGGAGGAUGGAGGACAUUUGGUUAGCAAUUUAUUUUUAGUUCACUUUAAAAAAAGAAACAGAUCUAUCACAUGUAACAAAGCAUGGCAUAAAAUAAGCAAGAGGAAAAUAUAUUAACAGUAGCUUUGAACCUACAGGCUAGAUAUAAAUGCAGAUGUUCAUUUCAGGAACAGUUGUGUUAUCCAAUGAUUACAGUUCGUUACUUUUAUGUGGUGCUGGCAUAAUAAGAAGGCAAAACUUUGUCAAAGAGUUUGAUGCAGCAUCAAACUGCCUGAAGACAGGUGUGUUAUAAUUAGACUGAUGUGUUCCCCAAAGGUAAAACAUUUGUGUUAAUACCUAAAUUAAUUCCAAUGCUACUAACAAGCACGUGUGGUAGAAGCUGAUAAUUAUCUUGCAGCAUUGUAUUGAAACACUUGGAACAUCCAGGGAUGUCAGCAAGGACUUGCCUACUAUUAUCUUAAAAAAAUUAGAGCACAAGGCAAAAAAUAAACAGCAUUUGCACUCUAAUUGCCACCUGCAAUUGACUUCCAAGUCCAAUUGAUCAUGGUUCUUGGUAAUAUAAUGUAUAUUUUGCCCUAUAGAACCUUAUUACAUGUAAUAAUCACUUUUCUUUCUUUCUCGUCCCCAUUUCCAAUAGGAGUGACAAUAGCAAUGAUAUGACAAUCGUAUAUCAUGGGUUGCUUUCAAGGGUGCAUUGACAGGGGUGCAAAUCCAGUGCCAUAUGGCACAUUUCUUGUGUUUAAAACUUUGAUCUCAGCAUAUGGCUCCCCCCUUUUCUUCUUUCCAGAUCAACAGUUUCUUUCAUCUUGAAUAUUUGUGUGGUGACAGCAGCUACAACAUUUACAC